UAAGAUGACGCACAGAGAGGGAAGCGGGACAAUGCACGCAGGGCGGAAGUGAGAAACCACUCGUUGCAAAUGGCAGACAUAUGAUACUGUCUACUUAUUUUUCUGAGGAGUUCAACAGUAAUGGCAAAGCUGGUGAAUGUUUGGCGGGACGAUGACCCGGUCAAUUUGACGCGAAGACAAAUGCCAUUCAUUGUCGAUGAGAAUCUUACGAUGGUGAUGGAUAUAAAUGAUUUAGGAGCAAUUUGUGAUAGUCCGUUAGUUUGCGGUAAAGAGCUCGAUGAAUUUAUUAGAAAGCUUAAUAUACUUACGAAAGAAGAAAUUAAAGCUUCGUUUGAAGUGACAUGCAAGGAUAUGCUUGUGGUCUUAAGCCAAGCUGUGCCAUGUGUUGGUUGCAGAAGGAGUGUUGAAAGACUAUUCUAUGAUCUUAUGAAAUCAGGACAUCCAGCAUUAGAUCCAUUAGUGAUUACACCUGAAGGUUUGUUAUCAAUAAAGGAUGAUGUUCUAGAAUCACCACAAUUGCUUUGUACAAUGUUGCAAGGACACAGCGCUAGGUUAAACAGUUUAGUCGAAGGCCAACCUAGAAAUAAAAAGUCAAGAAGAUGUGUAUUGCAUUCAUUAGAAAUUCAACGUAUGAGACCUCCUCCAAGUGCAUGGAAAGAAGUAUGGGAUUGUAUGGAUCACACAUGUCGUCUAGCACUUUCAUUAAUAGAAAGUAAUAGUCUUGAAGCUACUUUAGAUACAUAUUUACGUAAACAUCGAUUUUGUGGUGAAUGCCGUACAAAGGUACUGCUGGCAUUUUCUCUGUUGACAACAGAGCCUGAACCAGAGAAAGAGAAAGGCUAUGUUGCUUCUUUAUAUUAUGGGAUCAGACGUUGCAUACGUGAUAGACAUGUACAUAUACCUAUAAACUCAUAUUUCAUGGGCAAUCUUAUGGGGCGUAUACAGCCGGAACUCAUGGGAAGGGAACGGCACGCGAAAACGUUAGAAAUUGCUCAGGAAGAGGUACUUACAUGUUUAGCAAUGUGUGUCGCUGAACGCUUACAUAGAAUUCAUAGACGAUUAAGAGAAGAGGAAACUGUAUGCAAAGUGUUAGCUGCUGUUGCUGUAGAUGCAUUAUCUAGGAAUUUCCAAAUGGCUGUAGAAGUUAAACAAGGUGUUUCUCAAUUAGAACUUCUCUACGAGGAAUUAACAAGAGAAGAAAUAGCAAAACAACAACGACGAGAGAAGUUACGUUUGAAACGCAAAAAGAAGAAAGAACGACGAUAUGAGAUAGAAGAAAAAGAAAAUACAUGUGAUUGUUCAAGUAAAAGACAAAGUGAUACAUCUUGUGUUUGUGGGGAUUUAAAACCCACAACACAAAAUAUCGAUCAAAAUAAGUUACAAGUAUUAGAUCCAAAAAAUAAGGGACCACCUACAUGUAAAUGUCCAGACUGUAUAAAAAAAUCGAAGUCUAUGUCACGACAAGAAAAUCAAAUACAAUUAGCAUUUCCUAAAAAAUCAAAUGUUCAGAAAAAUACAAUUAAAAAAAGUUCUGAACUGAAAACCAAAAUUUCUACAACUCAAACAAAAAAAUGUAAUACAUCUGUGAAGAACCUUUUUAAAGAAGAAUUAUUUGCAUGUGAAUCAUACAAGGAUCUUUCAGAAAAAAAUGAAAAUGAUCAUUGGCACAGUCUAGAAGACUGUAAAGAUUCAAUGACUAAAGAAAUAGUAGAUGCUUGGAUUGGAAAGCCAAGUAAAAGAUGUAAUAUGUGGAUAGAAAUGAAAAAACGUUUCGAAUUAUCAAUCUCAGAAAGGAAAAGUUCUUCAAGUGAACAAUCAUCACAAGAUUAUGGUUAUUCGUCAGAGCAUAACAUCAGUAGUUCUUCCCUUCCUAGUACUCCAGAGGGUUCGGAAAUAGCUUGUAGUGAUGGAUGUUGUAAUCAUGAGAGAGAUUGUCACGAUAUACGACCAUUUGAUAAAUUUGUUCAUUCCAGUUAUAGUAUCUCGUUACUAAAGGAAAGAGGUGGAGGUUUAACACUCACACAAAUGUUAGAAGAUUCUUAUUUAUCAGGCGAUGAAGAAAAAGAAUAUAUUCCAGCUGAGGAAGUAUUGGAAUUUAAAUCUCGAAUGUGCCAAGUUCUUGAAAAACGACAAGAAUUGCGUCAGACAUUGAGAAGACGUUUUGCUAUUUUAUGCAGCCAUCAUAAACCCUUUACCAUUCCUAAUUAAGAAUUACUACUAGGUACAGUUACUUAAUAGGAUACAAUCUUUCUUUUUUACAUUGAUUUACUGCCAGUAGAAAAAAAAAAAAAAAACAGGAGUGCAAUAGAUGUAUUUCGUAUAACUGUUGUCAGUGAAUGUCAACCUUUCUAUACGAAUAGAAUAUUGUUGGAGAUGUACAUCGUAAGAACAUGGUAUGGUUUAUCUGUAAGCAAAGAAUUGCAUCUAAUAAACUAGAAGUACCAAGAAAUAA